AUGAGUGAGGUUGAAUGGGAUGGGGUGGGAUGGGGUGGGAUGGACAGAGGUGAGCCGGCGAGUAAAAAACCUUUUGAUCCUCUCUACACUCUUCGGAACCAACUGGGGGGUUCAGGUGGCUCUCUCAACGGAUCUCUUCUCUCUAACGGCGGAUCCCCCAACAUCACUACCCCGCCCAGUCAACCAAGCACCGCCAACUCCCAUUCCUCGCCCUCGUCCUCUUCCGGAUCCAAAAAUUCAUCAUCAUCAUCAAAUUCCUCCUCACAGAAAUCACAGCACCACAACAACUCCGUCACAUCAAGCGGAGGCGUCGUGGGAAGCAACGGCAGUGCUAGCGGAACAACAAGUCGUUCCUCGCCAAGCACGCGAAGUGCAAAUGGGAACCUGUCGAACGGACUGUCGUCUCUCUCUUCUUCGUCCGGCGGAUCGACCACUGCAAACUCCUCGGCUGCCAAAAUGUCACCUCCAAACUUGACUAACCUUCUGGGCUCACCCGGGCUGAACUCUAGCGGAACAACGGCCGUCAACGGCACUUUGGUGGCUUCGGGGGUGGCGAACAACUUGGGGACAAACUCGACCUCAACUUCGCCCAAAUCUGAAACUGACUCGAUCAGAAGUUUAGUGAAAAGCUACCGAGAAUCAGCCGCGUUUCUAAAUCGAUCAGCAGAUGAAUUGGAAAAACUGCUGAGCGGGACUUCAACUUGA